AUGCUUCUCCGCCUGGCAACCGUUGUCCUCUGCCUCUCUGCGAUCUCUAGUGGACUGCCUGCGGCUAUCAGGCUUCGUGAAGCAGACGCUAAGGCUGGGUCUGAGCUCGGAGCUUUAAUGAUGAAGCCCCAGUCGUUGGAUUACGUCAAGCCUCGUGAAGCCGACGCUAAGGCCGAGCCCAAGCCAGAAACUAUACAGAUGAUGUCCGAGUCGCUGGACUACGUCAAGCCUCGUGAAGCCGCCGCUGAGGCCGACCUCGAGCCAGGAAGUAUACAGAUGAUGUCCGAGUCGCUGGACUACGUCAAGCCUCGUGAGGCCGCCGCUGAGGCCGACCUCGAGCCAGGAAGUAUACAGAUGAUGUCCGAGUCGCUGGACUACGUCAAGCCUCGUGAGGCAAACGCUGAGGCCGAGGCCGAGCCGGAACACAUGUCAGCCAUGUCCCAAUCGCUAGACUACGUCAAGCCUCGUGAGGCGGACGCUGAGGCCGAGGCCGAGCCGGAACACAUGUCAGCCAUGUCCCAGUCGCUGGACUUCAUCAAGGUUGCAUCUUGA